UUUACUUGUUCAUCAUCCCACCAGUUCUUCUGUAAGAGCAACCUUGAAGUUCAAUAUCUCUUUUAUCAAGGGAAUAGGUACAAAAUCGGAGAAUAGGUGCCUAACCGAGACGGAUUAGACGAUUAGACGACCCUCGCCCAUUUUUUAAGCCUUUCAACCCCUGCGUCAUCCCUGAUCAUCUCAUUUUUUGUCACAGGGAGCCGAAACGCCAGCCUUAGCCCUAGAGCUCCUUCAACCCUCCAGCUGUCACAACUAUCGUCAAAGCUUCCAACAUUCUAACACAUCCGUACCCGCUUUCUUCGACGUCUAAAACCACAUUCUUAUCAUCUAUCCUCUCUCGGACCCUCUCGACUUUCUCAACAACUACUUAAUCAAUUGCGAAACCCCUAUAUGAAGAUAUAUUCGAUUCCUAAUAUCGUGGACUCGAUGUUGACUUUGACUUGGAAAUAAAAGCUAAUUCUUUCUUUUCGUCCCUUCUACCCCGGUCGGUUUCAUUUUUUCAUCGCGUCUUAUUUACAUCGCAUCCGCAACACUAUCAUCUCAGUAGACAACGUGUCAACUAUUUACCUAUACCUUAAUGUAAAUAGUGUUUUUUUUACUUUGAUCGAAAAUCAAGGCAGUGUUACCAUGACUGUCGCAAAGGACGACAAAUCUAAGUCCAGUACGAACGGGUCGGCGAAAGGAAAGAAGGGCAUCAACGGAAGCAAUGGAGUUAAUAAUAUAAACGGACAUACAUUAACUUCAAGGCGGAGAAGCCUCGAGCCAAAGAGGAAGAGCUUCUUUGCAUGGAGCAUCAGUAUCAUUGCGAGGUUAUUAUCUUGGUACUCUAUCUAUACACUCAUCUUCCGAUGUCCGUCUACCCUUGACGCAUGCAACGAUGCAACGCCCAGAAUCUGCAAACCCUAUUUUGGCAUCAAAUCAAUCGUAUCGCCGCAUGUAACUCCGUAUUAUGAUACUUACGCCGCCCCUUACGUCGACGUUGCGAAACCGUAUUACAACACCGUCGACCGUAUUCUUAUCACUCCUACCCGCACAUACGCUGUCAAAUAUGGUGGCCCGCGUGUGGAUCAGGCUCGCGCUUUCAGCCAAGCUCAGUGGGAGAAGAAUGUCGAACCAAAAUUAAGCAAGUACCAAGGUUUGGCAAAGACUCGCUACGAUGAGACGAUCGCACCUCAUGUUGAGGGUGUCUCGGCUGCUGUCUCUCCUUACUACGAAAUUGCACGGAUCAAUGCUAUGCAAACCUAUCACGAACUUCUACUCCCGAGCUACCUCUUCGUCCAGCCGUACGCCGCUCAAGGGUAUGACGUUGCGUAUGCCUUCACCACCGAUACCGUCAUUCCAUCGACGAUAUGGGGUUGGAGCAAAACAUACGCCUUCCUUGAUUCUACCGUCUGGCCUCACCUACGAGAUGUCUACGUUAUGAAGGUUGAGCCGCAGCUCGUUCGCAUUGGCGAAAGGUUAGGCAGAUACAAGGAGAAAAAGGCCAAGUCGGUUAUCGAGGAAGCUAACUCGUCGACCCACAAGUCUACUUUCGCGAAACCGACUGCCUCCACCACCUCGUCUACCGCUCCUGUUAUACAAAGUACUGUCGAGUCUGAACCCGAACCAUACGUAAACGAAGUAGAGUCUUCCGAAAGUCAACAAGAAAUAGCUGAAAUCAAGAUCGAUCAAACCAAGUCACGCACCCCAGAAGAGGUACGCGAACAUGCCGCGAAGACCGUUGCCGAGGAUCUUGAGCUGUGGGAAGGGAAAUUCGCAAAAGCUGCAGAGGAAGGCGCUCUAGAAAUUGAUGGCCGCGUCGACGAUAUCGCGAACCGUAUGAUCGAGAGACAAGUUAAUGGCAUGGGUAAAUCCCUGGUAAGACAACUCGACGAGACUGCCACUGCUGAGCUCGAGAAUCUCAAGAAGUCUAUCGUUUCUAUUUUGACAAAGUAUACCGACAAUGCCGAGAAGAGGGACGAGGCUUUACUAGAAGCCGUCCGCGCAGCCGGUAUCAAAAUUAGGGACAAUGCCCACACCGUUCGCACUUGGCGCCAAACUUAUGAACAGGAGGCCGAAAUUGCCGUUACCAAGGCCGCCGAAGAGCACUACAGUAUCCUUGAAAAGACGAGCGAUCUUGCUCUCCAGAGGAUUGGCAUGAAAUGGGCAUGGAUGGAAGGUGUCACUUACCAAGACUGGAAGAAGUACCACGAGCUUAAGGAUCGCUUCGAGCAGUGGACGGAUGAGUUCAAACAAUUAAUUACUACUCACCCUGGUAUUCUGGCAGCGCAAGCGGCUGGUGUCGAGAUUGAGGAUGAGGCGAUGGGCAUAGCGCAGGCCGCAGCCAUGGAACUAGGACGAUUAAAGCAGGUUGCUACGUGGAAGGCGGUAGCUGGCGACUUCAGUGACGAUUUCGACAGCGAGACUACCGAGUUGGCGGCUAUUGAGGUCGCCCGGAAGGCUGCCAACGCCGACCAGGUCGCUAGAUCAGCGGAUUCCUCUACAGUUGAGGAAGUCGAGAGCGACUCUGGGUCAGCGGCUCAGGAGAAUGUAUAUCAGGACAUCCCCGCUAAUGCCGAGACAGUGAUUGUGUCGCUUUCUCAGCCAAAUGCGGAAGCUACCAGCGCCAGUGAUUCAGCAUCGACCGCAGCCUCAUCUUUGGAGACUGAAGCGGUAGCUAUAGAUGAUAAGAUUGAUAUCGACAAUUCGGCUGAACCAUCGUCAUCUAGCCCGGUAGACGUUCCAGAACAGGUUCAAGAAACCAUCAUCGAAGUACCAGAUGAGCCAACUGCACCAGUCGAAGAAGCUGCCCCCACAACUACCAUCAAAUCUGCUCUCUUUGGUGCUGCAGCUCAGUCUGUACCCUCUCGGCAGCCUAUCCUCGAUGACGACAUCGAUUCGUCUGCGUCAAGCGUACUAUCAGUGGCACAAUCCGAUAUUCCGUCCAGCAUCACCUCGGCUGCCCAAUCUGCAUACACAGCUGCGAUCGCUGGGGCAGCCGAUCAUUAUUCGCGCGCUAUGUCGGUCGUCUCCGCCCAGAUUCACGGACAACCGAAGCCCGUUCAUGAGGAGAUGUUCAGUUCGGUGUCGAAUGCGUAUUUUGGUGCUGUUGCCUCAGCCAACUCUCGGCUAAAUGCCGCCGUAACGGCCGCAUCUCAGGGUGUCUAUGGUACUCCUACCACCAAGUGGAUCCCGGGCGCGCCAACUGUGCCAUCUGUAGACUGGGAAAGGGUUCAGUCUAUAGCCCAACAAAAUCUUGACGAUUCGGUAAAGUGGGCGUCAGAACAGUAUGUGGCUGCAAAGGUAGCAAUCGGCGCUGCUGAACCUACACCCAGCACAUAUCUUGAGGGUGCGGAGAAGAAAGCCGGGAAACUCCUCGACCAGGCCAAGCACAACUAUUAUGCGGGUUUAGGCCUAGCACAUGCUCGGUAUUCGGAGUUUCUGUCUGCGGCAUCGAUAGCCGCAACCCCCACUCCAACCAACAUCCAGGAGUCUGCCUCGUCCGUCGUAUCAGUGGCUGGCGACGUUGUCGGUGAGAAUUGGGACGCUCUUGUUAGCCGCGUGAGCUUACAAGUCUACGCCGCUCCUACGCCGACCCCGUGGUAUGAGAAUCUAAAUGCCGUAGCUGGCGAUCUUGCUUCCGCUGCCGGUGACUUUGCAUCAUCGGCUACAGAUGCUGCAUCAAGCCAGGUCUCCUCCGCGACAGAGUUAGUAGGAGAUUAUGCCUCUUCAGCUAGCGAUGCUGCUGCAUCUCAGUACUCUAUUAUUAGCUCAUUAGUCUCCGAGCUCAUAAUCGGAAAAGAGCCGCCUUUUACCGAGUCAGUUUAUUCACGUCUUGCUGGAGCAUAUUCCACCGGCAUUGCUUCAGCAUCAAGCAUCGCUAGUGUCGCAUCUGCGACGGCAGCUAGUGUGGUGAGCGAGGCGAGUGAUUCGGUCAAUUCUGCUGCCGAUGCAGCCGCUGAAAAAGUUAAGGGCACAGCCCAGCACAAGAAGGACGAACUCUAGAUGUUGACACCAUCAACACAAACACCGAUGACAAUUGUCAUUGUAUGUAGACAGUAAUGAUAAUCACUACGACGUACACAACGAUGCGAGAUUAUCUUGGCAAUUAAGCUGAGCAAAUUUCGAAUCGAUCUCUUUCUCUUUCGCUCUUUUGGAACAUGGCAUAUACCCGGAGCGUUAGGAUGCGUGGGCAUUUCUCUUCCUGUUUACAUGGUCUUUUUCAUUAUCCUGAUAUGCUACUGUUUAAAGAAUAUGGCACCCUUCCAUCGAUCAUUUGUAGACGUGUAGGGGAAGAGGACCAGGUCAGCAGGCGGAUAUAUCUGGUAAAUACCUGGGUAAUUUUUGCGACAUCAGUUUACGAAAGACCCUCAUAUGAGUAAGGAUGACGAUUGGAAUGGUUUGUGUAAGGAGGACGACACCUGUGGGGAAGUCUUCUAGGUAUGAGAAAAGGUUCCAGUGGUCUGUCGGGGACUUGGGGUUUUUUGGAGGACGGAUCUAUUUUGAGAUGUAUCAAUAGGUGUAUGACGGUAACUAGGAAAAACUAAGUGUAUCCACGGGGUUAUUCAAGUCAGUUAUCCAUUUAAAA